UUUUUUUUGGGUUUUCUAUUUAUUUCCAAUACUCUUUUAAAGUUUCUUUCUUUUCAUUUUUUGGAUUGGGGUUUUUCUGCUUGAGCAAAUCUACUAGGACCCUUUUUUUAUGUGUUUAAUUCAAUGCUUUGUUUGGCAGCUGAGAGAAGGUGAAUGAAACAUGGGAGCAAGCUAGAAGCUUCACUUCUUUGUUACUUUAUCUUUUGUUGUUUGAAGUGUGAUUUAAGAAUAGUCUUUUUUUUUUUUUUCAUUUAGAUCUGAUAUUUGCUUGUAAAAAUCUUUGAUUUAUUUGGAGAUUGAAUGGAAAGGUCACUGCUUUUUAAGGAAUUAUUAGACGAUAUAUUUUGCUGCAGGUAGUAUGCAAGUUUUAAAUUUUAUAGAUAACUGAAUGUGAUUUUAUCUUCUGGGAUCAUUAGCAAUUUCAAUAUAAUAUUUUAGGACUUGGACUUUCUAUUUGUUUGUAUAAAUUUUGCUCUGGAUGUAUAAAGAUUCUAAAACUUUACUGGUUUCUAGUAUUUUGUGAUGGAUGGAGUAUGGUUGGCUGUGUUUCCUUUCUCUGCUUAUUGAACAUUUUUACUUUAUUUAUUGUUAUUACUAACAAGAGCAUCUGGUCUAUUCUAUUGUUUGCAUUCCUCAUUAUUGAUGUUUUUGAAUCUGGUUGAUGGGAGCUGUAUCAGUGAACAAUGGGGUUUUGUCGAUAAAGGAAAGGUGUGCAACAAAAUGUGUCACGGGCAAAAAGAAGCAAGGAAAGGAGUUGUGAGGGAGGGGCAAGUUUUAGGUUCAUCUGAGGAAGACGAAUCAAGGAUUGUUGAGAGAACUAUAAAUGUAAAUAAUGGGUCCUUGGGAGCAAUUGAGGUGCGUGAUGUGUCGGAAAUACCGCAACAACAACCUCGAGGUUCCAUGAUACGUUGGGAUAGGUUUCUCCCUUUCGGGUCUAUCAAAGUUCUCCUUGUGGAAAAUGAUGACUCGACUCGCCAUGUCGUUAGUGCACUACUACAGAAUUGUUGUUAUGAAGUUAUGGCUGUUUCAAAUGGUCUUCAAGCAUGGAAAGUUCUAGAAGAUCUGACUAACCACAUUGAUAUUGUCCUGACAGAGGAAAAUAUGCCUGUUUUAUCAGGAAUUGAUCUUUUAUGCAAGAUUAUGAACCAUAAAACUUUAAAGAAUAUCCCUGUGAUAAUGAUGUCAUCUCAUGAUUCUAUCAGUCUAGUCUUUAAGUGUUUGUCAAAGGGUGCAGUUGAUUUUUUAGUAAAACCUAUUCGGAAGAAUGAGCUUAAAAAUCUCUGGCAGCAUGUUUGGAGGAGAUGCCCCAGUUCUAGCGGCAGUGGGAGUGAAAGUGGAACACAGUCCAAAAAGUCUAUUAAGUCAACAGGUAAUGAUAAGCCUGAGAAUUAUGCUGCCAGCAGUGAUGAACAUGAUAAUCAGAGUGAUGGACUGAUUAUUUGUGACGGAAGUGAAAAUGGGAGCGGCACUCAGAGUUCAUGGACAAAAAGGGCAGCUGAAGCUGAGAGCUCUCAGCCAAUGUCAUCCUCAAAUCAAUUGCCUGAUGCUCCUGAUAUCACUUGCGCCCAGGCAGUUCAUGUAAAGUGGGAAAAAUGUGGGAGCUUGUGGGCAUGUGUUAACACAACAAAAGAAUGCCAAGAACUGCAUGAACAAGUUGAUGAUGCUAUGGAGAGUGAGGACUUGGAAGUAAAAAGAAAUCCAGAAUUGCAAUUUGGACAACUACAUGAAAAUCUACGUGCUCACUGGGCAAGCAUCAAGCAGAAUGGGUUGCCUGAAGCAGAAUGUCAGCAAUUUGACAGUGGGCCGUUAGAGCACUUGAAUGAGAACAUAACUGGCAAUGAUCGAACCCCUAAUAUAAUUUCUGCAAGUUCCAACUGUAUCAAUCAACAAGCUGAUAGCCGAGAUUCUGAUACUCCAGGUGGCCUUUCUGAUGUCCCACAAAUCAAAGAUGGAGCAUCCCAUGCAUUUGGAGAAAUACUAUCCCUUGAACUGACUCUUAAGAGGCUGCAAGGAGCAGCAGAUAGUCGAAACGCUGCAAAUGAUGAGCACAAUGUUUUGAGGCAUUCUGAUUCAUCAGCUUUCUCAAAAUACAGUACUGCAUCUUCUGCUAAUCAGGCUCACACAGGAAAUGUAGGCAGCUGUUCUCCACUCGAUAAUAGUUCUGUUACAAUGAAGACAGAAACAGUGCGCACUUUUCUGUCUCAUUCAAAUGGGAUUCUUUUGAAUCAGCCAUCAAUAGGAAGCAGCAACAAAAAUGAUAUGACCACCACUGCUAAAUGUGUCAGCCGAAAGCCAGAAACUUUGAAUGAAAAGCCUGGGUCCAUUUCAGCAUUUAAACGCUUUCACUCUUCUUCCUUCCAGCCAAUGCAGAAUGGUCAUAUCUGUUCAUAUCAAGAAGUGUUAAAUGAAACAGCAGAUGAUACUGGAUUUAAAAAUGCUCAUUUGCAAUCGAGAAGUUCAUAUCAGGUGUUUCAUGUGCAGCACCAAUGUCAUCUCCACCAAAUUGAGAAAGAGCAGCAUCACCUGCAGCCAGACCAUGAUUCCUUGCUGAAGAUCAUGGCAAUAACUGCUAGACAAUGCAGAUCAUCUGAUGUGUUUGAAGGGCCCUCUGAAUGUAAUAUCAUAAACUAUAGUGUAAAUGGGAGUGUCUUGAGGAGUAACCAUGGCACCAAUGGACCUAAUGGGAGCAGCAGUGGUUUAAAUGCUGAAACUGCAAUCAUGGAAAGUGACAAUGGAGCAGCUGGUGCAAUGAGUGGGAGAAGCAGUGGUAGUGGAGCUGAUGAAGAUCGGGUUGCACAGAGAGUGGCUGCCUUAACCAAAUUUCGUCAGAAAAGAAAAGAAAGAUGUUUUGAAAAGAGGGUACGAUACCAGAGCAGGAAAAAGUUGGCAGAACAACGUCCUCGCGUCAAGGGACAGUUUGUGCGGCUAAUCGUGUCUGAUUCUGAAGGAGGAAAAGAUUGUUUGAGUAAUGGCCUCGCAUCUGAAGACAAUUCUUCUGAUAGUGUAAGAUAACGCAGGCAGGGUUGCUGAUUGCUGACUUGACCUUUUUCCUUGCUAAUGCUUAUAAAUGUGUGUAUAUGAGACGAGCACUGGCUGUGUGUUUAGGGAAGGAAUACGUUAAUAUGGACCGGUUUUUUUUUUUUUUUUGCUUGUUUCUUCUUUCAAUGAGGAGCUAAUAUCAUAUUGCUUGUAAAUAAACAAUAGAUUUUAGAACUUACAUCAAUACUUUGAACGGUAUGUCAUCGUUGUGAACUUUGAUGAAUUUCAGCAUGGAGACUGAUCUUGCAUGGGAUAAUUUCUUCCUUUUCUUGAUCAAUUAAACAGGCUUUAGUCUCUUUUCUUGUA